AUGGUUGAGGUGGCGGCAUCUUCGACAUCGUCGUCUUCAAUCUUCACCAACUACCCUCUUCUCUCUGCUGUUGUAGCUUUCGCCAUUGCCCAAUUCAUCAAGUUCUUCACCUCCUGGUACAAGGAAAGACGAUUGGAUUUCAAGCAACUUGUAGGAUCCGGCGGAAUGCCGUCUUCUCAUUCUGCGACUGUUACUGCGGUUGCUGCAGCCAUUGGGUUCCAAGAAGGCGUUGGCGGACCAAUCUUUGCAAUUGGAUUGAUCUUAGCAUGUGUUGUGAUGUAUGAUGCAACUGGUGUGAGAUUACAGGCUGGACGCCAAGCAGAGGUUUUGAAUCAAAUUGUGUAUGAACUUCCUGCCGAACAUCCUCUGGCAGAGAGCAGACCACUACGUGAACUUCUUGGCCACACACCCCCUCAGGUUAUUGUUGGUGGGUUGCUUGGAAUCGUCACAGCAGUCAUUGGCUACUUGAUUACUGUAACAAUCAGUCAUACAUGA